GCGUCCUGGUAACGAUGCAGAACCCUGAGCAUCAAACGUAUGGGAAUAAGGGAAGUGCCUACCUUCAGCUUGGCGCCAUGAGGGAUGAUGGAGCCAAGAACCUGCUUCUCAAAGCGGCUGACGAACCCCAGCCAUAGACAGGCAGCCCAACCUAAUCGGCAGGGUCUAUUUGCAAGCACCUAAAUUACCUUCCAAUCGCACUCGACGCCGGAAGAACAAUCAUAAAAAGGCUCACCAUCUUGAUGGACUACAUCGAUCUCUCAAAUGUCACGCCCGGCGUAUACUUCUAGACCAAGAUCGCCGAUGUCAUCGAAGUUCUUCAUGGGAAGAGCGGCGUUUCAAAGAAGAUGAUGAGCGCAUGCCGAUAUUCAGAAGCCAUGAAAUAUUGUACGAGUCCUUAGAAGGCAACGCGGCGAAAUACGAGGCGUUCAUGGACGCGCUGCAGCUACCUUACAUCUUCUCCUACUUUCAUUUCCCGAACAUACACUUAGAUAUACGUUCACGUUACCGUAUGCCCCUUCUUGAGAGUGACUCAACAGCAGAAUAGCAAAAAGAGGAAGUGGAAUCCCCGAGGCGCCUACGUAUAUCGCCGAGACAAACAUGGAUCGCAUGGCCACAAAAUCUCGCCAUUAGUGUCUAGACUGUUUACUACAUCAGUCUUGCAUCAUCUAUUGAAGAACCC